AGGCGCAAAGACCUCUGGGAAACAAUUUGUUGUGAUCAAGUAGCUCAGCGAGUCCGACGAAUAAAAAUCUCUGUAAAGUCGCUGCACUGAAGAAUUUUCAAAGCUGGUUGAGAAAAAAAACACGGAAUUUUAACGGAGUCUACUUUGUUCGGUCGAUAAGGGAAGAACCUGCACCAUAUCUGACACAGGAAUAAAGGUCAUGGCACAUCUGGUUGCAGUUUGCAGGGAUGGAGAAGAGGACUACAAAUUCCUCGCCAGACAAAUCCCACUACACAUUGAUGAUACUCUCACAAUGGUGAUGGAAUUUUCUGAUGAUAGCAAGGUUGACAGGUUUGAAAUGAAAACGGCUCAUUUGGAAAAGUUUUUGGAGUAUCAUUCAAAGAUGACACAACAGGACUUGAGUGUUGCACUAACAGUAACGUCCAGAGAGCUGUACAGCGCGUUAUCCCAGGUGGUGGCAUGCGUGGGCUGCAGGCGGACUGUGGAGCGUCUCUUUUCCCAUUCAGUAGACUCGGGGAACCCAUUCCUGGGGCCCCUAGCACUGGCACCCAGUGGUGCUUUCACAGUCACCGAGGAAUGUUUGACUGAUGCAAAGAAGCUCUACAGUCUUUUUUAUGUUCAUGGGUCAAAGUUGAAUGAUAUGAUCAGCGCCAUUCCAAACCAAAAGAACAAAAGAUGCCAGUUGCACUCUUUGGACACACAGAAACCCAAACCUUUGAGUUGUAGGUUUUAUGGGGGAAGCUGGUUGGACGUGUGGGACCUGAUGUCCCAAGAGUGCAAAGACGAGGUGGUCAUCAUCGACAGCGACUGUCUCGUGGAGACAGUGGAGACGUACCUAUGCAAAUACAAGUUUUGCUCUGCCUGUAAAACUAAAGUGUUACGGGCGUACAACAUCUUGACGGGAGACCUGGACAGCAGUCAGGAAAAGGAGUAUUGUGCUGCACUGUAUGAGGGGUUAAGCUGUUGCCCCCAUGAAAGCCACAUCCACGUGUGCUGCGAGACAGACUUCAUCGUCCACCUGCUUGACCGGGCAGAACCGGAGAUUACAGGAGGCUAUGAACACAGAGACAAACAUGCCAAGACGAUUGAUAUUGCACAAGAGGAAGUCCUGAACUGUUUGGCCAUUCACCUCUAUGAGCGGCUGCAUCGGAUCUGGCAGAAGCUGCGAGCAGAGGAACAGACCUGGCAGAUACUGUUGUACUUGGGAAUUGAUACGCUCCGCAAAGGGUUUGAGACGGCAGUGGAGAAGGUGCACGGCAUGAGCCGGCUAGAGCAGCUUGUCAUGGAGCUGUCUGAGGAAGAGAGGGCCAAAGAGCUGAAGCAAGAGAAAAAGAGGCAAAAGAGGAGAAAUCGGCGCCAAAACAAGUGUGGCUUGGACAUAUAUGAGAAGGAGACAAGCCUGAAAGAGUUGCAGGAUCCCCUCGAGUCUGUGGCAGAUAGUUGUGAGGCUUGUGUACACCAUGUUGUGGAGGAGGAGGAGGUGGUUUGCACUGAGAAUUGUAUCAAUGAAAGCACUUCGUGUAACUUUGUCGGCAGCAGUAAAAAUGAAGUGUCCCUCCGUAGCAAUGUGAGUGACUGCGGCUACUCGUCAAGUAUGGAGGGUAGUGAUAUGGGGUCCCGAGCAGGUUCUGACAUCGCCUGCAAUGAGGGCAUCUGCAACCACGAUGAAGCAGAUUGCUCAAAUGUCAGUCACUGUGCUAAAGACAAGGAGGAGGGAACAGAUAGCUGUGUGGAGUGCUGGUCACACUCUGAAGUAAACGCUCAACACAAGAGUAAAAAGAAGAAACGGAGGGGCAAAGGUCUGUGCCACACACAGGGAGAGAAGUGCGAAAGUUGUGUGACAGAUGAGAACACGACAGGCCGUGAACUAUUGCCACACAACUGCCAAACCAAAGAAAAUUUUUCCUCGUGUGAAAAUGCACGUGGCAGCACCACAGUACCAAUUCCACAAAGGGGUCAUCAAACUAACAUCGGCCUGCAUGUGAGCCCUCACAAGUGGAAAAUAAGUCUUUUGGAACUGCUGGAUGUUGCCGAAGUGAAUUCAGAUGACAACUUUCUGACUCGGGAGGAAAUCCAGACGUUUGUAGAGAGUCACCAGUCCUUCCUCAGCAGCCGCCACGCGUACAGACAGCACCUGAAGGAAAAAUAAAACUACUGCGGCGCCACAGAGCAAACGAAGCAGUCAUGUGGAAAGCUGCCGACCAGAGCCAGUGUCAAUUAAUUCCAUUAAUAAUGUCAGUGACCAGUGCUGCAAAAUCUUAAAAGAAAAUUAGUGAAAUAAAUGUGGGACCUUGUUGGGCUACUUGACCUUUGACGCUCUCUGUUCUGCACUUGUAUACUUUGUCACACAUCGUUGUUUUUCAGGUUAGCGUCUUGUUGCUUGUGGCACAGUGGAAUCGGGAAAUCAAGCUUUGAAAUCUGUCACAUUGGGGAUCAUUUUCAGGAGUUUUGUUUUCUUUCUUUCUUUUGGUGACACUAAAUGACAAUUAUAAUUGUGCUAAAUUUAUACAUAAGUUCUACAUGUAAUGGUUUUACAAACGGUAAUCAUCAAUUUGCAUUGAUUUGGUUGUGAUGAGAGAGCAAUGAGAAAUUUAAAAAAUAAAGAAUAUUUAUUAAUAUGCAUCAGUAA